AUGGCAAAGUACCGAGACCAUCCUAAUUGGUACCAUGCCACAAUGCAAGUCCAGCAUUUCUUGCAACAAUGCAGGGCUUGCGAGAACCCUGAGUCGAUAUUUAGAGAAGCGUUCGAAAUGUUUUUUAUGCAGGGUAAUGUGGAAGCAUUGUAUGAGAUGCGCAUUGCAGCCACGACAGGCCAUAUGGAAGCGGCAUAUUUAGUUGGACUACCUGGCAUGUCUGGAAUUGGUUAG